UUAACAAUUCCAAAACAUGCGAGCGGGGAGCCGGGAGUGGCUACAUAGAUUGGGGAUGGCUACGGGAAGCGUCUGGACGGGAAGUGACGACAUAGCGGAGGAGUUGCUACUGGAAGAGGGGACGGGGACGGAGACUGGUGAUGUCGAGCUGGGAGCUGCUACGUUGACUGGGGAAGGCGACGAUGUCGACGGGAAGCCAGGACGGAAAGUGUUGAAGGCGGCAAGGUCUGGCGCUGCUCUUCUCCCUCUGUUCACGAAAAGUCGAAGACGAAAACUGAAUUAGAGUUAAGGUUUCUUUCUCAGUCCCACGAUUUUGCCUUUGGUUUUCAAUUUUCUUUUUCAUUUUUUUUAUUAAAUAGAACGGCCAAAGGGGAAAACCGAGCGACCGUUUUGAGCGUUCGAGUGAUUAACCACCUCGGCCGCUCCAUAAAACCGUAGCGGCUAAAUGACUGGCCCGAGCCGGUUUUACAGCCGGAUGGUGGCUUUAGCGGUCCGGCCGGCCGGCUCGGUCCGGUCUUAAUAACACUGGUUUCGGGUAUCCAUAGAUAAUAUCUACCCCGUACAUCAAACAUUAUUAUACCUAAAACUUUACAUGUAAUUUUUUUAUUAUAACACUGAACGUACUUACUAUAUCAUGAAGUCAACAAAGCUAAAAUCAUUCUUAAUACGGUUUAAAUCAUAUGAUUGUAAAACAUCCAUUAAUCUGUAAGAUAGAGUAUAAUAUUUUUCAAAUCAUUAUUCUCUAACUCUAAUACAUGUGCUAAGUAAUA